GGGAAAAAGAGAGGAUGCUGAGUGGGCAGGAAUACAGAGGGCGAGCAUCCAAUCAGCUGCGGCAAAGUCAGCGUGUCUUUGUCCAAUAGAGUGUGACGAGGCUCCUCCAGUGUGAGCUAACAGCGCUGGUGGCUGGUGUCUUAUUAAUGAAUGGAGCGUCUCACUGGCAGCAAAACGGUGCUUGAGCUCUCUCUCCCUCGACGGAGAAGGCAGCUCAAACAGAAUAGUAAGAGCACUUCGCACCUCGACAGAAAACAACUGCAGCAGCCGUGCGCAAAUAUGAACAAGCACCAGCAUGAGGAUGAGAACUCUGACAGCGAUGCGGAGCAGGAUUCUUCUCUACCUUCUACGAUGGAUGUCCACCCCUCUUCUUCCUCAUCCAACCUCCUCCUGCCCUCAUCUUCUCAGCGGAGAUCCAUCUCCAUGGGGGACUUUCGGAGAGUCCCUGCUGGACACACAGGCUCCGAGCCCCCCUCUGCAAGUGCCACGGCACCCUCGUCCAAACUGGUUACCCCCAGCUCAAGUAUGGAGUUCGAGGCAGCUCGUCGACGCCUCCUGGAGGUGGAGGAGCGCCAGCGUGUCAUCAGAGAGAUGGAGAGACGACUGGAAGAGCUGAGGGAGGUGUUCGUGCGCUCCGAGCAGGAGGCGGUGGAACACGGGGAGCUGGUGGCGCGAAUCACUGCUGCCGCCCAGCAGGGCGAACUAUACGUGGCGGAAAACGGACAGCGGCUGAAACAAGGAUUGCGGUUUAAACGGCAUAAACCCACCAUUGUCUUCUCCUCCAUGCUGGGGCUGAGAACGUGCCUCCCUUGGCCUGUCAAACUCAAAUAGCGAAACAGCCACUGCUUACUUGCAAGAUGGUCCUUCACUGC